UUUUGAAUUUUCAAAGAAGUGGAGUGAACUGCACUCAGAAUUUAAGCCACAAACGAAACAGUUUCUAUAAAAAUAUAUAGUUUUUAUUUAAUCAAAUAAUUGCGACAUAUUUGCUGCUGCACAUGUUUCAUAUUGUGUGAUGCCAGUUCGCUCUGCUAAUCCGAUUCGCGCUAGAAGUUUGAUCCGAGACAAUUUGGAGAAACAGGCUGGUUGUCUAAAUUUAAUCCACUCCAGAAUGCCGAACAUCAAAGUGUUUUCGGGCACCUCGCAUCCCGAUCUGGCCCAGCGGAUCGUCGAUCGCCUGGGCAUCGAUCUCGGCAAGGUGGUGACCAAGAAAUUCAGCAACCUGGAAACCUGUGUGGAAAUUGGGGAAUCGGUGCGCGGCGAGGAUGUGUACAUCGUGCAGUCCGGCUCCGGCGAGAUCAACGAUAACUUGAUGGAGCUGCUGAUCAUGAUCAAUGCGUGCAAAAUCGCAUCAGCCUCUCGUGUUACAGCUGUGAUUCCUUGCUUUCCAUAUGCCCGCCAAGACAAAAAAGACAAGUUGCCGGGCAGUGAGGAUAAUGUGGAAAGCAAGAAACUAGCCAAGAAAAACUACGAUUGGAAAUUUAGGGCCAAUGCACAGAGUCGUGCCCCCAUCUCGGCCAAAUUGGUCGCCAACAUGCUGUCCGUGGCAGGAGCCGAUCACAUCAUAACCAUGGAUCUGCACGCCUCACAGAUUCAGGGCUUCUUUGAUAUACCAGUUGAUAAUCUCUAUGCCGAGCCGGCGGUACUCAAAUGGAUCAAGGAGAACAUUCCCGAGUGGAAGAACUCGAUUAUAGUGUCGCCCGAUGCUGGCGGUGCCAAGCGUGUCACGUCGAUUGCGGAUCGUCUGAAUGUGGAGUUCGCCCUGAUACACAAGGAGCGCAAGAAGGCCAACGAGGUGGCCUCCAUGGUGCUGGUGGGUGAUGUCAAGGACAAGAUUGCCAUCCUUGUAGAUGAUAUGGCCGAUACCUGCGGCACCAUUGUCCAUGCUGCCGAUCGUCUGGUGGAGGCUGGAGCCACCAAGGUUUAUGCCAUUCUGACGCAUGGCAUUUUCUCGGGUCCGGCGAUUUCGCGGAUCAAUAAUGCCUGUUUCGAGGCUGUGGUUGUUACCAAUACCAUACCCCAGGAUGGACAUAUGCGGGAUUGCCCCAAGAUCCAGUGCAUUGAUGUCUCGAUGAUGUUCGCCGAGGCCGUUAGACGGACACACAACGGCGAGAGUGUCUCGUAUCUCUUCUCAAAUGUUCCAUACUAAGCCAGGCUAGUCCUGAGAAAGUUUAAUUAAAUCAACAACAAUAACAGCAACAACACCAUUAGCAACCUUUACAGCAAUUGCAAUGCAACAAGAACCACAGCAGCAACAGCAGCAACAUCAGCAACAGCAACAGUAGCAACAGCAACAAUUUAAAACACAUAUUUUGCCAUCAUCAUCGUUAUGUAUUUUUUAUGGAUUAACUAUUGUAAUUAAAGCAAAUGCAAACUCAGU